CGUCAGCUGAUGCAGGGCGGGUCAGUCACGUGAUCGCCUCACUCCUUUCAGUCAGAAUGAAUCGGUGAAGACGUCUCGCGACCUUGUGUUUCCUGCAUCUCGGUGUUUGUGGAUCUCAUGGCUGCUGUUUGGCAGCAGGUGUUGGCAGUGGACGCAAGGUACAAUGCAUACCGCACACCUACGUUCCCCCAGUUCCGCACGCAGUACAUCCGCCGGCGUAGCCAGCUGCUCCGCGAGAAUGCCAAGUGUGGCUUUGAGCCGGGGCUGCGCAGGCAGUAUCUGCGUCUGCGCAGUCAGUUGCUCGCCAUGCGUUACGGGCCUCUGUCGGAGCAGAGCAGCUUCAGAGCCAGCAGUGUGCGCAGUUCCCGCACCACACUGGAUCGAAUGGAGGACUUUGAAGAAGAUCCCAGGGCUCAGGGUGCCAGAGGUCACCGAAGGUCAGUAAGCCGAGGUUCUUAUCAGCUGCAAGCCCAGAUGAACAGAGCAGUGUAUGAUGAAAGGCCUCCAGGUAGUCUGGUGCCAACCUCGGUGGCAGAAGCCAGUCGUGCCAUGGCAGGUGACACUACCCUCAGUGAGAACUACGCAUUUGCUGGCAUGCAUCAUAUCUUUGACCAGCAUGUUGACUCAGCUGUUCCACGACUCCAGUUUGCCAAUGAUGAUAAGCACCUCCUUGCCUGCUGCUCAUUGGAUGGGUCGUUGUCAAUUAUGACGCUGUCUCCGUCUCCACCGACUGUAAAGGUGACACUGAAGGGACAUGCCGGGCCUGUGACUGACUUUGCCUGGUCGCUUAGCAAUGACAUCAUUGUGUCCACAUCAAAAGACAGCACGCUGCGUAUCUGGAACACAGGCGAUGGGCGCUGUAUCAGAGAGGUUGUCGACCCGGAAGGAAGUGAGCUCCUGUGCUGCACUUUCCAGCCCAUGAAUAACAACCUGACUGUGGUUGGUAACAGUAAACACCUCUUGCAUGUGGUGAACAUCUCCACUGGGAAGAAAGUAAAGGGAGGCUCCAGUAAACUCACUGGUCGAGUUCUCUCGCUUUCGUUCGAUGCUCCAGGGAGAAUCUUGUGGGCUGGCGAUGACAGGGGAAGCAUUUUUUCUUUCCUCUUUGACAUGGCUACAGGAAAACUGACCAAAGCUAAGAGGCUGGUGGUUAAUGAAGGCAGUUCAAUCUCCAGUAUCUCAGCACGCUCGUGGAUCAGUCGAGAGGCGAGGGACCCCUCUCUGCUCAUCAAUGCCUGUGUCAACAAACUACUGCUGUACAGGGUUGUGGAUAAUGAGGGGACUCUACAACUAAAGAGGAGUUUCCCCAUCCAACAUGGAUCGCAACUGUUACACAGCAUCUUCUGUCCCCUUAUGUCCUUCAGACAGGGUGCUUGUGUUGUCACUGGCAGUGAGGAUGCGUGUGUCUAUUUUUUCGAUGUCGAGCGCAACACUAAGCCUAUCGUUAACAAGCUGCAAGGCCACAGCGGACCCGUGCUGGAUGUCAGCUUUAACUGUGACGAAAGCCUGCUGGCUUCCUCUGAUGCUACUGGAAUGGUCAUCAUCUGGAGAAGGGAGCAGAAGUAACCACGGCAACUCCAAGCUCUCGCUACCUUGGCAACAGCAGCAUCUUUUAUUCAGGCUGACUUGAAUCAUGUGCAAUUAUACUGUAAAUCUAAAGAUGACUCUUGUAGUGUUGUAUUGUUUUAAUUGUGUCUUAACUAACUCUUGCUGACAAUUAAGGAACCACAUGUUCUUUUAUCUUUGUUUUAGGACUGACGUUACUAUUUUGUUAUGCUUGUUUGCGACUAUGUAAACGUCAUCAGUGCUUUGCAGUCAAAAUGUUUAACUUAAAUGAAAGAAGGAGUUAAUAUAAGAAUUUGUUCGCCUUGUGCACUGUGCGACUUUGUAUGUGUGUAUGAAUAAGAAUGGUUGAGAUUGUGAAGAAUGUUUCGCUUGCACAUUAACACUACUGUAUUUAUGCCUUGUUUAAACUCGAUAAAUAAAAUCACACUAUCAGCUGAAUAAA